AUUGAUAGAUGUGUUAUGGGUUGGAUUAGAUCUCACACCCACCAAAUAACGUAUGGAGUCUUCAUCUUGGCCACAAAGUUUGCCAAGCAACAGGAUCAAAGCUAUACAAGAGCUCACCCAAGGUCAACCCUUGAUUAACAAGCUUCGAGAUAUGCGGCCGGAAGAGAUCGAGUCCGACCUCAGGUCAGCCGACGGUGUGGUCGGACAGAUCUUGGGGAUGUUUGAUAACACCCUUUCGAUCCUGAGCUCCACGGAGAUCCCGUAUAUCCCAACUGGUGAUAUGCAGUCUUCGGGAAGCUGGGAUGGCCAGACGUCAGAAGAUCAUGACGAAACUGUUAAAACUGUAACGCCAGUAAAAACGAAGAGGGGAUGUUACAAAAGAAGAAAAGACUCAACGACAUAUACGAAAUUAGUUUCUAAUCCGGUUGAUGACGGGUAUGCUUGGAGAAAGUAUGGCCAAAAGCCGAUCCUUAACGCGACUUACCAAAGAAACUAUUUUAGGUGCACUCACAAGGUUGACCAAGGGUGUCAAGCAACCAAACAAGUUCAAAUGACUGAAGAUAAGCCACCAAGGUAUAGGAUAACCUACAACGGACAUCAUACUUGCAAGGAUUUACUAAGAUCUCCUCAAAUCAUUUUCGAUUCUCCGGACCCGAGCAAUACUUCGAUUAUUCUUAACUUUGAAACAAAGGGAUUCACUGAGAACAAACAAACCGACACUUGUUUGUCCUCAAUGAGACAAAACCGCAAAGAGGGUUUUCCUUCUUUAUGGUUGAAACACAACCAAAGUUACUCAUCAUGGGAUCUGACCGCACAAGUCUCGGAGGUUCCUUCAAAACCCGUGUCUGUGAUGUCGUCCGGUGUAGACCACGAGGACAUGAUCUCUUCAGAGGUAUAUUCGUCAACAUGCUGUACUCGUGGGUAUGAUGAGAUCGACGAUCUAAUCGGCAACAAUGUUUUCAGUGACUUAUUUGAAUUAUGUCCCUAGUUGGUUUUUGAUUUGGAAUUAUAGAUGGUAGGAUGAAUAUAUAAUUAAACUUGUUUUAUGAAAUUGAUUUGUGGAUUUGGUGAUUGGAGUUUGACACCAUCCAUGAGACAUGGGAUUUUGUUUACGAGUGUCAUGUUUGUAUAAUUGGAACCAGAAAACCCUAAAUCAAAGUAAAAA